UGUUCAGGUCACGCAACAUGGAAUGGAUCCUAGACAAGAGCGGUACCAGAAGGAAGAGGGAUGUGCUACUCACUUUCCGCUUGUAAAUAGUAGCCAGAUCACUUCAGGAGAGUUUGCACAACAAGCCACAUGUAUCCAGAACCGUUAUACAACCAAGAGUGCUUCGAGCAUCUUAGCAAACUUUGGCUUAUCUAAUGAAGACUUGGAGGAACUUAGUCGGUAUCCGGAUGAUCAGCUGACAGUAGAAAACAUGCCUUUGAUUUUGAGGAACAUCCGAAUGCGCAAAAUGACUCAUCAGUUACCAAGUUUACCUUCUCAGAGCAGAGAAAAGGAAAUGUUUCGCAGUGACAAUGAUCGUGGUAGCAUGGUGAAGUGCAAGGUAAUUGAUUACGGGCAUAAAAGCAAAUAUAAAUAUACUGAAACUCUUCUUGAGGUCAAAGACUAUAAUUCUGAUGCAUCAACUGAGGGGAACGUGAAAGGAUUUCCAACACAGCAGACGGCUCUCGUGUCUUCGGCGCCCUCUGUUGUAACCAGUAGUCAAAUGAAGGCGGUAGAAGAGCUUAUACGAAAGAUGGGAUUCCAGAGAAGCACAUCAAGUACGCAGUCCUUUCCCCCCAUGGAUGCUUCCAACAAGGGGCCAGGGCUAGGCCUCCCUCCAGCAGGAGCCGGGAUGCCACCUGGACCUGCCAGUGGCCAGAAAAAAAUCCAUGAGAAACCUCAGCAUCCUAUUGAGUCACCUUUUGUUGUGGUGAAAGCCUCUUGGCUUCCAGUUUUUUCACAGGCAGAUGUCCAGAAGCUGAAGAGAUUGCCAACUCCAUCGAUGAUGAAUGAUUACUAUGCUGCAUCUCCAAGAAUAUUUCCACAUGUGUGUUCUCUGUGUAAUGUAGAAUGUGAACAGUUGAAGGGCUGGAAUCUGCACGUGCGCACUGCUGAACACUCCAAGAAAUGUGAUGAGCUACGCCAACGGCAUCCUGACUGGAAUCCAGAAGACUGCCCUUUGUUACAAAGACAUGAAAGUGACCGAAAGGAAAACCAUACACCGAGGCGACGCUCUUGCAGUUCUAGUCCCAAACGCUCAAGACGCUCAAGCUAUGGCCAUGCCUGGCGCCGCUCUCGCUCGCGGUCUAGGAGCCCUUGGCGCCGUAGACCCAGAAGUCGAAGCCCAAGAUAUCUGCCAGGUCCCCGGUAUAGGUCAAGGUCUCCACGACGCCCUCAUUUCUUUUCUUCACGCUAUCGAAGAUCUUACAGCAGAGAAAGAGAAAGAGAAAGAGAAAGAGGAUCAAGAAGAUCCACCAGAUCUCCAGGUAAGGACUUGGAAGAAGCGGUGAAAUGUUUGGGUCCAAGUUUUGUUGAAGAGUACAACAAACAGAAAUCGCUCCAAGCGCUCACCCGAGGGUCUGCUUUAAAGAAGAUACCGCUUGAGCCAGAGAAGACUCCUGGAAGUGUGAAGAAGACCCCAAGUCAUCCUGCGGCUCCUCCAAAGUCUUCCAAGAAAGAUUUGCCUCCUCAUGGCUCAUCGGAUAUUGAUGUCCCAAACAAAGACGGAGUCGUAGCUGAGGAAACAAAUGUUUCUCAACCCAUUCCCUGCAGUCAGUUUUUGACAGACAAAGCCUUGAGUUGUGGUACGAUUCUUCGAAUAUUUGAUUUACCAGAUGACGGCUAUACUGAUAACGAUAUUAAAAAAAUUGUUCAGCCCUUUGGAAAAGUUAGUGAUAUCUUGGUGCUUCGUGUUAGAAAUGAGGCCUUUCUUGAAAUGAAUUAUAAGGAGGCGGUAACAGCUGCUGUCAAAUAUGGUGAAACAACUCCAGUCUUGGUUAAUGGCAGGCGUGUGAAAAUAAGUGUUGCAGAAAAGUCCAAAGUGGAUCCCAGCCUGAUCAAAGGAAAUGAAAAGAAGCCAUCACAGAGUAUCAAAAAAACUCCCCCAGGUACACAGGUUGUUAAACCUCCCCCAGAUUCUCAGAAUGCCAAGAAAGCUCCCCCAAGCCCAAAGAAUGUCAAGAAAGUUCACGCAAGCACGCAGAAUGUCAAGAAAGCUUCCUCAGGUACACAGAAUGUCAAGAAAGCUCCUUCAGGCACACAGAAUGUCAAGAAAUCUUCUCAAGGCGCCCAGAACGUCAAGAAAGCUUCUCUAAGCUCACAAAAUGUCAAGAAAGCUCCCUCAACCUCGCAGAACGUCAAGAAAGCCCCAGGUUCACAGGAUGCCAAGAAGCCUCCCACAACCUCCCAGAAUGUUAAGAAAGCUUCUUCAAGCUCACAUAAUGUCAAGAAGUCACUUGCAAGUGCAUCGAAAGAUCAAACUGCUGCAAAAACGUCCUCGGCAGCUGUGUCACUGGCCACUGCCUCAAAUGAUGACAAAAAAUCUGGAGACUCUCGAAAGGCUGGAGAGACAAAAGCGGCUGGAAAACCAAAAAAGGCUGGAGAUGUCAAAAAGACCACAGGAGCAAAAACAGGUGUGAAGCAAAAGAAGCCUACAGACCCCAAGAAGCCUGAGGGGGCCCCGAAAGCUGCAGGAAGCAAGGAGACAGCAGAACCCAAGACAGCUGUGAAGUCCAAGGCAAACGAGACUGGAGGGACAAAGGCUGCUGUGGAAAAGAAGAAGCCUCACGGUGGUUCCAGGAAGCCUGAGGAAGCCACAAAAGCUGCAGAGAGUGAGAAGACGUCAGAACCCGAGGAAGCUCUAAAAUCCAAAGCCAAAGAAACGAGCCCACCUGCAGAAGUGCCAGAUGUGACAGAAGCUGCAAAGAACAUUGAAGCAAGUGAAUCGGUCACCAAGGAAGCAGAAGAGAUGUGUGUGGUUUUGAUUUCUAACCUGCCUGCUUCAGGAUUAACUGCAGAUGAGAUUUCUAAUUUAACCAAGCCCUUUGGAAAACUGAAAGAUGUGUUAGUUGUAUCUUCACAUAAAAAGGCAUACCUAGAAAUGAGUUGCAAAACUGCAGACUCCAUGGUGCAAUUUUAUACCUGCUUUCCAAUGUAUGCGGAGGAGAACCAACUGAGCAUUACUUUGGCACCUGAAUUCAAAGACAUAAAAGAUGAGGAAGCUAUAUUUGUUUCUAUGAUUAAGGAUGUCAAUCCAAAGGUGAACACAGAAAAUAUCCAUUCACAGUUUGUGCAUUUGGGCAACCUGCCAGAUAAGGGAUAUUCAGAACUCGAAAUACUUUGUGUUGGACUUCGAUUUGGACGCGUAGAUCACUACAUGGUGAUAGCAAAUAAGAACAAGGCCAUUCUCCAGUUGGAUAGUGCCGAGUCGGCUGCAUCCAUGUGCCGCUUCCUGAAAAGGUAUCCACACAACCUUGGAGAAUCACGGUUGACAUUCUCACGCUCACCACAGAUUGAACCGUCGCCAGCUGAAGUCACAAGAAAGGAGGAGAAGAAACAAGAACCAGGCAAUGAAAGCCCUGACUUGAACACAUUUCCCGAAGGAUCAGGAGUGGUGCACCCAGCUGCUGUUCCUUCACCAAAGCCUCCUGAGGCCAAGGAAGAACCAAGUUCUGAUCAGAAGCCUAGGAUUCCAGAAGAGAAGACUGAAGAAGACUCAAGACCCGUUGAGAAAGUGGUAUGUGAAGUGGCAUCAGAACCAUCAAAGACAGAAGGGUCAGAAGAGGAUUCUGGAACUGGAGCAACAACCACACCUACUACGCCAGUUGAUUUAGGAUCAUCUGAAGUAAAAUCCGAAGGAGUUCUUCUUACUUUGCCAUCCAGUUUGGAGAAGGAAGAAAAAAUUACAGACACCUCUAAUGAUGAAUUUCUGGAAAAUGCACCUGCGGCUUCUGGAGAAAACAAAAGUGAAGAAUUAGCCACUCCUCUUGGUAAAUCACCGGAAGACUUAGCCAGCACGACUGAAGCGGAGAGCAUAGGAGUAGACUCUGUCACGACCGUGGAAGGAGAAGACACAGUUGCUGCCACCUCUGAGACAUUUCCAGUGGACUCUGCAGAAGUUGCCGUGGAGGAAGUGUCAAGUGGCAACGUACAGUCAGAUAACAAGCCAAUUACCCAAGAGGCAGAUAGUACUGAAGCAUUACUCAAUAUAUCAGAAACACCUACAUAUCAGGUGAUUGGGGGGGUGAUAGACAAGGAAUCUGAAAUCCCCUGUUCCGCAGCUGAAGCUAAUAUAGUGGUGGAAUCUGAGGCAGCGCUGCUGGAAGCUGUGGAAGUCACAGAGGAGAAAUCUGAAUUACAUGUAGUCAAGACGGAGACAACUUUAGAGAAGCAACCUGAAAGGCUGGUAUCAAAUGGUGGAGCAACCAAGGAGGAGAAACCUGAAAAGAAUACAGACGACAAGAGUCCUGAACAAAUUCUACCCAAGGCACAGCCCAGUAAAGGACUGGGACAAGUGGCUGAAUCCGUCAGUCUUGCAUCAGAAUCAGCAUCCAGUGCAGAGACUACUUCUGUUAGCGAAAGUAUGCUAAAGGCUCCGAUGUCUGUCCCAAAUGUAUCCAAGACGAAAGCUUCGACUCUGAGGAAAGAGGAGCAGAAGACUCCCGCGAAGCCAGCAACCAGGAGCCGCGCCGUCACUGAAAAGAAAGUGGUGUCAAAAGAAGCGAGUCAGCAAAGGCCUCCGAGCGGCAGGUCAAAUGUGACAGAUGGCGGCAAGUCUAAGCCCAACGUACGUUCUUUUGUUGUUAAGUUAGGCAUUGGGAAGAGUUCAUCGCUGCCAGACAAGGACUCCCCAGUGGAAACUAAGGGUAGCUCAAAGCAGACCCCGGAGCGGGAGAGUAGAUCAUCCAGUGUGAAGCGAGACAGCGGCAGCAAUAAGGUAUCUGCUGGGAGAACUACUAGAAGUUCUAAAAGCUGCACAAAACCAAAAGAGGAAGAAGAGCUUUCUCCAUUUAACUUGGAUGAGUUUGUGACCAUGGAUGAAGUUCUAGAGGAAGCGGACUCUCCCACUCAGCCCAGGAGAAACCCCAUACGAGGCAAAAGGAAGGAUCACACCAAGAAAAGCCUUCCUUCCGAGCCGAGUUCCAAGAAAAGGAAGGGCAAGAGCUCUGCUCACGUUGAUGAGAAUGAGCUUUCCUUUGUUACUCUGGAUGAGAUUGGAGAAGAUGAAGGUGGAAUGUUGCAGGCUGAGCUUCUGGAAGCCGUGCCAGAUUCCCAGACUUUGGUCACGGUGGAUGAAGUGAACGACGAAGAGGAGUUGAUUGAUGAAGUGAUCAAAGAUCCACAGUCACUUGUUACUUUAGAUGAGAUAUCAGAGCAAGAAGACCCUAAGGAUGCGUUUGCUUUAGGGGAUAAUGAGUCGGACCUUAAAGCAGAGCCCUUAGUCACCGUGGAUGAAAUUGGAGAAGUGGAAGAGAUGCCGCUGAGUGAGCUGUCAAAUUUCAAGGUUGGCGAGGCCAUAAAAUCCAGGGAGGGUGAGAAGCAGGUUUUUGAGGAUCCUGGAGAGGAUCCUGGAGAUUUCCUUUCUUCUCAGAUCCCAGAAGAUCCCAGCACUCUAGUUACCGUGGACGAGAUCCACGAGGACAUCGAUGAUCAGCAUCUGGUGACUUUGGAUGAAGUGGCGGAAGAUGACGAAGACUUCCUGGCGGACUUCAAUCGCUUGAAAGAAGAUCUUAACUUCGUUACUGUAGACGAGGUUGGAAGCGAGGAUGAGGAAGAGGGGAAAAGUGACUGUCCUCCCCCCGCAGAAGUGAAAGAGUCAGUUGCUGAAAGUAUAUCGGGAGAAGAGGUUGUCAUGGCAGUAGCUGAACCAGAAGAGGAUGUGGCCAAGCCAGAAGAAGUUGGAACUCCAGGGGAAUGUCUGGCCGAGAAGAGAGAGCAGGCCUCGAAGGAACAACUUGAAGGAACUGAGGCUCAGGCAGAGGAGCCUCAAGAGGAGACCUGCAUUUCUGUGGCCGCCACAGUUGACAAGCCGGCUGCCUUAAUAGACACAGAAAAGGAUGAAGGGAGAGAUGAAGAAACAAGCCGGACGCCUGAAGCUGACACAGGGUGUGAGCAGCCAGUGGCAGAACCAAUAUUGAACCAGGCAGAAAUGCCAGAUAGCGAGAGCAGUAUGAGGGAGGACCAGCAACCACCUGAGCCGGAUAGUCUUGGAGAGGGUGCUGUUGGUAGAGAAGCUGAUACGGAAGUUGAAGAAAGCUCUGUGUCCGCUGCCAGUGAGGAGAAAGCAGGAGAAAACGUGCAGAUGCCUUCCUCAGACGUGAGUGUUUCUAUGGCGGACAGUCAGGCCACGGCCACAGCAGAACUGGACACAAAAUCUAAACCUCAAGACCAGGUUCCCGGUGCAGAAUUGAAGGAGGAGAGCUGCAGUGAGGUGACAUCUUCACAACCUUCUGAGAAGCCUGAAAAAGAUUUAACUGACUCAGAAUGUGAGGAACCAGAGUCUAAACGGAGAAAAACAGAUUCUUCAGAGAAAUGCAAGGCUCCAAGCCAGUUGAAAGAUUUGGAUUUCCUUGUUCCAAAGGCUGGCUUUUUCUGUCAGAUCUGUUCCUGUUUCUGUGUGGAUGAAGCAUCUAUGAAAACCCAUUGCCAAUCUCAGCUCCACCAGGAAAAUAUGGAGAAAUUCAUGAUCAAGAGUACAGCGGAGGAAAAGAAAAAGGAGGGUGACGGGGAAGACGAGGAGCAGAGUUCGAGGUGAUACGAAGACAGGAAGAGCCUCCCCAAACUUCACUUAGGGUCCAGUCAGUUCUGUGUAUCGUGUUCAUGUUUCCUUUUGUUCCUUUGAAGAUUUCCAUGUGGUAUACAUGUUGUAUAUAGUUUAUUCAGUAUAGGUGGACUGAUCUGAAUAGUGCGGUGGCUUUGGGUUGCUGUUUGCAGUGAUGCUGGAUGGGUUCGAAUAAAUGUUCCUACUGUGCUGCCGGCACAGAUGUA